GUAGCUAUUAUAUUAUAUUACGAGGGAUACAAAAUAGCGUUUGCAUCAACACGACCACAUUUCAGCUAUGUAAUCAAUUGUCAUUGCUUACAUCUCACAUGUAUCACAAUACCGCUGAGAUUUUCAUUUAGCUAAAAUCAUUCUUCCUGUGCAGCUUGUCAGAAAUGUCGCGGGAUUACCGUGGUUGUAGUCGUUAAAAGCAAGCGCUGCACAUGCUAACUCGCUAACCGUGGCGCCACGGCGCUCCUGAAGUCAGCUUGGUUUACUCGUGUGACAGCACAGACGCUGUUCCUCUGAACAGCAUUCAUCAGCAAACCUUCAGGAGACGAGGCCUCGAAACGGUAGAUUUGCCGUCUGCCUGACUACCCGGGGGGUUUCUGCCAGCGUCUAUGGUUACAUUUCCUGUUGACAGCUUCGCUAGCUCGCAAGUUCGUAAGGAAUUGUUAAUAAACGUCUCUCCGAGUGAAUUAUCUACCUGUUGACCUAAAUUGAUACACUAUCUAGUAAGGUAAGAACCUACGACAUACUGCCUUUCGUUUUGGUCUCAUUAGUGUGUCUGUCUAAAUUGCCCGAGAACACUGCUCGAAACGUGGUCUGCAGUGUGGCUGCCCACCUGCUAUACCAGAUAAGCUAUGAAGGGCCCCCUAUAAUAGCUUUUGCCAAUGAAAAUGGAGGAUAUGUCGCUGUCAGGCCUGGAUAACACCAAGCUAGAGGCCUUGGCUCACGACAUCUACUCAGACUUGGUGGAGGAUGCAUGUUUGGGGCUGUGCUUUGAGGUGCACAGAGCAGUCAAACAGGGCUACUUCUUCCUGGACGAGACAGACCAAGAAAGCAUGAAGGAUUUUGAAAUUGUGGACCAGCCAGGGGUGGACAUAUUUGGGCAGGUGUACAAUCAGUGGAAGAAUAAGGAGUGUGUGUGUCCCAACUGCAGCAGGAGUAUAGCGGCCUCACGUUUUGCCCCUCACCUGGAAAAGUGCCUAGGAAUGGGCCGCAACAGUAGUCGCAUUGCCAACCGCAGGAUAGCCAGCAGCAACAACACAAGCAAAUCAGAAAGUGACCAAGAAGACAAUGAUGACAUCAAUGACAAUGACUGGUCGUAUGGCUCAGAAAAGAAACCUAAGAAGAGAAAGUCAGACAAGAAUCCAAAUUCUCCCAGAAGAUCAAAAUCCUUGAAGCAUAAAAAUGGAGAGCUCAGUGGUAGUGUCAAUCCUGAUCUUUACAAGUACAACUACAGUUCUGGGAUCAGCUAUGAGACUCUGGCUCCAGAAGAGCUACGAUCUCUUCUAACUACGCAAUGUGGUGUUGUGUCAGAACACACUAAGAAGAUGUGCACACGGUCCCAGCGGUGUCCCCAGCAUACGGACGAGCAGAGGAGGGCAGUCAGGGUCUUCCUCCUGGGGCCGUCCGCGUCAUCACUACCGGAUCCUGAAUCACUGCUGGACAAUGACGGUUAUGAUAUCUCUGAUGGAGGACUCCUCAUGUCCCGUCUGCAGUGGGAUGGGUCAUCUGACAUCUCCCCCUCAGACUCCGCUUCGUCAAAAGCCAGUGAGUUUCUCAUGGGGGUGCAUUUAUCACACGGUACCAACAACUCUGACUCCAAGAGACCUAAAAAAAAGAAGAAACCUGGCUCACUGAUUGUGAGUAGUGCAGGUGGAGUCGAGAGAGAAAAAGGAGGUGAUCGAGAGAGGGGAGAAAGAGAGCGAGGAGGAGGGGGUUGCAGUAGUGGAAGUGGACUAGGAGGAGCCAGUAGCAGCAGCUCCCAGAAUGCACUCGGUCUGUCAAGUCGUAAAAAGAGACCAAGACUGCCAGUACCACCCGCGCCUAGUAUUUAUGAUGACUUGAACUGAAAGAGCAACACGCGUGCAAGUACACACAUCCUUGACUCUGAGAGAUGGUUGUUACACUGAAUUAACUGAGUGUCAUUCUUUCUCCACAUUUUCAAGAUAUGAGACCUAAGGGUUGUUGGUCGGUGAUGUGCAGAAGACUACUUGGGUUUAUUAACUUGUGAUUAGCGUAAACGUGCCAUGGUGUUUUCAGACAAAUGUGUGUGGUAAGUCUGUGUGGGAGUGUGUGCGUGUGUGUGUGGGGAGGAUAAUGCUUAUAAAAACGGUUUGAAUACUUCUUCUACGACUGCACAAUGUUACUGCGACAUGCUUCUAGUCCAUAAUAAUCCUACUCCAUAAUGCUCCUUCAUACUUUACAAUUCUACAAGAAAGUUUGUUUCUACUGCUUCCUGCUAAAUAAUGGUCCAUUGAUCAGUGUUACAGCUUCAGGCCAAAUUAUGCUUCUUAUACAGUUUGUCAUUUUCUGCUGCCAUCUAAUAAAUAUUUUAGUGUACAUUACACUACGUGUUUAGUCAACAAUGUAUUGUGACUUCUGUUUUUUGCCUGCUAGUCUGUGAUCCUUCCUACUAAAGUUUGCUACUUCCUGUGCAUGUUCUUGUCAGGUCUAGGAACGCAAGCUAGUUUGUUGGUGUUUAGCACACUUAGUCUUUUUGGUGUUUUAUUUUUAGGUAUGACCCAGCUUUUCUUUGUAAAGAUGAAGUUCUACCAUUUGAAGUGGCCUGCUAAAGAUAUGGCACUUACUGUGUCAGAUGUGCAGCUGGUUAAUACUGCUCAGAGUGAAGCAGUUCAUAUGGAUCAAAUCCAGUAUAUAUAAAAGCCUUAUUGCUUUUAAAGUUUUUGGGGGGUUUUUUGUUGUUAAUUGUUCUGUGUAGCUUGUGGAUUCAGCUAAAGAGAGUGAGUCUCUGAGUUCUUGUAUUUGUGUGGUGAAGGGGGGAAGCUUCCACAGUUCCUUAUCCCUCCGUAUACUGUCUGGAUAUGUUCUUACUUCCACUGCUGUCAUUAGUUCUGUCUCCUCUGAGUGAACUGUGGUAGCCUGUGUUGUAAUCUGAAUAAAGUCCAGUGUGUCUCAGGAGAA